AUGAGCAAUCCCACCAACACCCCUCGCCAACCACUUCCCCCAACUCAAACCCCCAGCCUAAUAACAUCCUCCCCCCAUGCCCUCCAAAAGUUCGAACUCACCGCCCCCAUCCUGCGCCUCGACUUUCCCACGCCCGCCGCCCAAGCAACCUUCCACCGCGCCUUCCUUCAAGUCCGCAACGAAAAGGACAAAGCAGCCUUCAUGCAACGUUUCUUCGACAACUACGACGGCCAGGUAUCUAUUCCACGCAGGGUCAUCAUGGAUACGAGUCAAGAUGAGGAGGUGGCGAGAAGGCUGCAGGGGAGUUUGCCGGUUGAGGUUGAUGCAGGGAGGGAUGAGGAGAUGGCGAGACGGUUGCAGGGGCAGAUGGAGCAGAUGGAGAGGGGUGGUUUUGGAGGUGCGGGUCGAGGUUCUCUUAAUGGAGGACAUGGUAGGAUGAAUGGACGAAAUGACAGCACAAACGGUAGAGGAUAUGAUGUGGGAAGUAGAGGCGUGGCCGUGGACGACGAAGAUGAAGCGUACCACGCAGGGAGACGAAUCGAGCGUCAGAGGGAGAUGCUGGAAUGGACGACCGCGGCUGACGAAGCUUACAUUGACACUAUGGAAAGACUCAGACACCAGUUUAGUCGGGCGGGCCUCCAAGAUCUUGGUGCGUAUCCUGGACAACCUGGAUAUGGCAACGCGCCUUCUCAACGACAUCCUCGACUACCGCCUCGUCGCUCUGAGAACCAGGUAAAUGAAUUCGACGGCUAUCAUGGCAAUUUAGGGCAUGGCUCUUCAGGAUAUGGUCAAGGUAACGGAGGGUAUAGCUAUGGGUAUAACCCACGCCGGGAUCACUGGGGUCAUCGAGGUGGAGGCUAUUAG